AUGAUAUCAAAUAGUAGUCAAUACGAAGGAAGGGAUGAUGAAAUGUAUUCGUGCAAUCGGUUGGUUUUGGGCGAUAGAGUUGAGUGUGUUUUCUGGGACUUUGAUCACAAGAAGUGGUCAUCAGAUGGAUGUCAUAAUCGGUUGGUUUUGGGCGAUAGAGUUGAGUGUGUUUUCUGGGACUUUGAUCACAAGAAGUGGUCAUCAGAUGGAUGUCAUGUAAUAGAGAGUGAAUCCAAUCGCGAGAUAACUGUCUGUGAAUGCAAUCAUUUGACUAAUUUUGCGGCUCUUAUGGACAAUUCCGGUCGAGAAGAUAAUAGAAUGGAUAGAAAAGAAUGCUUGGAAGUUUGUGAAGUAAUGUCAAUUUGCUGGAUAUCAUCCCAAAAACAUCCCAAUAAUAUCUAUUGGCAUUUCGUGGCUAUUAUUCGUGUUAUAUAUCCACCGCUGGACUACAUUUCCUCAAAUGGAGUAUUUCUAGUGAUAUAUCAGAUGAAGAUACGUCUGAAACCGUACAAACAAGUCAAUUAAAACCAAGGACCUGAAAGUGACUGGCUAAUAAUG